AUGGAUAUGGCACGUAUGGUGAAACCUCCACUGCGAAGGUCCUUCAGUGAGCAUGUGAAGGAUUCUACCAAUAAAGCUUGGGAUAUAUUUUGGAGAAGUGCCCGGGAGAAACGUCUGUCAGAGAUUGAAGCAAAGGAGGCCUGUGAUUGGCUCCGAGCAGCCGGCUUCCCCCAGUACGCACAGCUUUUCAAAGAUUGCCGAGUCCCUAUUGACACAGAGUGGGUGAGGAGCGAUCAUGAGUUCCUGGAUCCUGAUGCAUUAGAGUCUCUCUGCAGGAGAAUAGGCACCCUAAACAAAUGUUUGGAGAUGAAACUGGAUCUAAGCAAAUUUAAAAGACGGAUUCAAUAUGAUAAGGAUGAAGAGCCCAGCGCCAUCAGCCCUAAAUGGUCCUAUGACCGAAAGAAUAGACGUUGGAUCCGCACAGAUGGCAUGGACUUCCUGCCCUCAGUAGACAGCUCUAUAUCAAGUCUAAGAAGAUCAGAGAGCUUUGAGGCUUCUCUCUCGGACAGUGGUGAGCACCAUGAGGUUCUCUCCACACACAGUUCUAGCAGUGCCGACAGUGACACUGGGAGCCCCACUAUUAAGACCCCCGAAGAUCCAGAGACAAGUCAAAGCUCUUCUAGAUGCUCCUUAACUUAUAAACCCCUGUCUCCAGAGGGCUCCUGCAGUGGACCGCCAUCCCCAGAAGAGCCUCAUAACUUCAGUAGUGUAGAUCGAUUUCCUGAAAAGCCUCCUCUGAGGAUGGGUCAGAGCCUGCUCCGUAAGGUGGAAAAGCUUCGACUCCGGGGGUCAACAGCACGCCCUCAUAACAAAGGUAGGAAGACCCGGUUGAUCAUCGGCAGUCCUGUGUUGCAAGAAGAUGUGGAGGACAGGAAGGAACAGUUUCAUCAUCUUCACCUUUCAGGGCUUGAAGAUAAUACGUGUAGCCUUGGAUCAUAUUCGCCUUCUAGUUCCAGCAGCAGUCCAUCAGGGAACAGCAGCAGUGUGAGCACCCCAAGUCCAGUCACCAAGGUUCGCAGUAAUAGUAAAAGAAAGGAAAACCACACCCAGGCUGACCUAGAUGCCCACAUAAAGAAGCUAGACAUGAACAGCCAACACAAUCUAAAUGCUGGUGCCGUCUUCGAAAUUCCACAUGGUCACAAACCGGGAACGUUUCCUACAAUUCUGAGCCACAGUUCUGCCCUCACACUGAUCGAUAACACAGUCAACUGGAGGACUGGGAGCUUUCACGGAUACCAUGGCCGAAGGUGUCGAAGCAGCGGCUCUAAAGAUCAGGAACCGUCGUGCAGUCCCCUCGCGGCAUACGAACACCGGGUCAGCAUUUACGACAACGUCCCAGAUCAUUUGCAGAUCACAGACGACGAUGUCUUUUCAGCCUUGGAUAGCGUCAUGGAGCGUAUCAGCGGGCUGCAGGAAUUAGUCACUUCAUGGACAGAGAAACUAUCGGAAGAUGGCGAUUCAGAUUUUUCCCACCCCAGCUCUCCCUCACCCUCCUCUCUGAAUGACAUCCACCUCGAAAUCAAAGAGCCCAGUGAAGCGGAUCAGGCUUGCCCCGAGCAAAUUUAUGACAAGCGCUCAAAGGCAACGUCACACAGCCUUCAGUCCGCAGAGCAACCCUCAAGCGCUCAGAAGCUGUUCUGGUGCAGUGAACUGAUAAAAAGUAUUCCCCACACUGGCAUUACGGCACAGCUCGCACCGUGUGUCUCAAUGCUACAGAGACUGAGUCUGCUCAGACUUACUGCUUUGAUGGACAAGCACUCACCUUUCAGCAAGCAAGGCUGGAACUGGACAGUGCCAAAAGUCUACAGAAAGACAAAAGCAUCAGAACACAAGAGCAGGAAGGUGUUUGGUGUACCUUUGCUCCAGAGCGUCCAGCAGUCAGGAAAACCUCUGCCCCCAAGCAUCCUCCGAGCUAUGCAAUACCUUAAGAUUGAGGGCCUCGAUCAGGUUGGCCUCUUCCGAAAGUCUGGGGUGAAAUCUCGAAUUCAGUAUCUGAGGGACAUGGUGGAGGCUGACCCUGAUGGAUUUUCCUUUGAAGGCCAGUCUGCCUUUGAUGUAGCUGACAUGUUAAAGCAGUAUUUCAGAGAUCUACCCGAGCCCGUGUUCACUAGCAAGUUAUGCGAGAGUUUCCUGCACAUCUACCAGUACUUUCCGAAGGAUAAACAGUUUGAGGCAGUGCAAGCAGCCAUCUUCCUUCUGCCUGAUGAGAACCGAGAGGCUCUUCAAUGUCUCUUGUUCUUCCUCCGAGAAGUUGUAGCCUAUGUGGAUGACAACCAGAUGACCCCCACGAACAUUGCAGUGUGCCUGGCCCCCUCUAUAUUCCAUCUCAACAUCCUCAAUAGAGACACCAACAGCAGGUCAAAUCAGAGGAAGUACAGCUUGGGUAGGCCGGACCAGAGGGAUCUGAGUGAGAACCUGGCUGCCACUCAGGGGUUGGCGCACAUGGUGGCUGAGUGUACUCAUCUGUUUCAGAUACCACAUUACUGGGAGGUGCAGAAUUCUGCUAGCUUUCAAAAAUACCCCCUCAACAUGGACAGAGGGCUCUGUGCUCCCUUACACAGUUGCGAGAAUCAUCAAGCGGACCGUUCCCGCCUAGACCUUUCCAUUCAACAGUUCCUGAGGGAGGUGAGGGAGAAGACCAAAGACUGGGUAACCUGCUCCACCUCCGAUCAUGUGGACGUAGCAUUUAAAAAGGUUGACGAUGGCUACCCAUUGCCAUUGUGGAGGGCGACGGUGGAAGUGGAUGCCCCACAGAAAGAAGUCCUUCAGCAAGUCCUGAGAGAACAUGGAGAGUGGCAGAGCGACCUCCAGCACAGCGAGGUGGUGGAAACCUUGGACAAGGAUGCUGAGAUAUACCACUAUACCCUUUGGUCUGCUGGCACGAGGCCACCAUUGCAACAUCUGCUAUUGAGGACCUGGCAGUCGGACCCUUCAUCAGGGCCGUUGUUUGUAGCAUCCACUUCAGUAGAUCGCCCUGAUGUUCCAAGCAGCGGGAAUACAGCCCAAGUGCUCUGCUGCAUGUUUCUGGUGGAGCCGUCAGGGCCGAAACGGUCACGACUCACACACUUCUGCCGAAAAGACAGCGGGGGCCGAUCUCUGGAGUGGCACAGAAAAGUCACUGGGCACCUGCUUUCAUCCAGCCUGGUGGCAAUCAGAGACUCUUUAAGGGCCAAGACCAAAGACGCAAGGGUGUAAACGGCGUUCGGAGACUGGCUCUUUUAAUCCUGGCUAGUUUUGGAACCACCGAGGCUCAAGCUCAGCACAAAGUAAAAGUGGAGGAAUGGGACCGCUAAAGUUGUUUCGCAGGAAGUACACGACUGGGACAAUCCAGCCUGCAGAUGAGGAAAAGCAAUGCGACGACGCAACGUUGCAGGACGUGCGGUCUGCUCAGCUUUAUUAAGACUGACAAGGAAGAGUGUCAGUGUAAUGAAAUGUCUCUUCCCAUUUGAAGGGCCAUCUCACAGGCUAACACGUUGCAAACGUCGUGUCCCACCCCUGCGCCUCAUGUUUGUUUUAUAGUUUUUAUUUUUUUAAAGCAUUACAGCUGGGUGACGACGCUAAAACACUUCUUCUGAGGUGAACUAAUCUUAGACGUCGCUUCAAAGCGAAGAAGAGAUCCAGGGCAGACGCUUCACGCAGCAGGACCUCUUUUUGUACGUUAGCGACUGUGACACUGAUUCAUGUUGGCACGUGUUGUGUUGGCAACUGUAAAAUUCACAUAUUUAUUCCACGGUGUUUGAAAGCCUGUCUGAUCAAGCUAAGCACUUUCAUCCGAUGAUGUAUGAACGUCAUCUGGCAUAUUACGACGCUCGCUGUUCACGGAAUGCCUGUGGGGACUUCAGAUUCUCUCGCCAUGUGUAUUGGUACAUAUUUAAUGUAUGUCUGAUUUUAUUGUAUCCUACAUACGCGCUUCCUAAUCAAAUUUAAUAUAAUGACAUUCAAAUGUUACAGAAGAGAUUAUAUAGAAACAAUAAACGCUGAAACGUG